AAGCGAGUCUCUGGGCACACGUCAAGGGCGGGUUUGAUGGGGAAAUAUUGUCCGGGGAAGGUGUUGAGGUGGGGGCGUGCGAGGGGCGGCGGCCAGCUGAGCGAGGUAAACAAACGUCAUGGCAGGCCGGCGGGCGCUCCUCCAUCUGCUCCUCCUCCUCUCCCUUGCCGCCUUAUCUGCCCCAAAGAAGAGUGAAGGCGAGGAGAAGCCAGCCUGGGCCAAGAAGGACAUUAGGGACUACAGCGAUGCGGACCUGGAGCGGCUGUUGGAGCAGUGGGAGGAAGAUGAGGAACCCCUGCCUGAGGAUGAGUUACCAGAACACCUACGGCCUCAGCCACAGGUGCAAUUUGAUCCUUCCAACAUUGGGGAUCCUGAGCAGCUCCUCAAGAUGAGCAAGAAGGGCCGCACGCUGAUGAUGUUUGUGCAGGUGAAGGAUGAGCUUAGCCCCAGUGAGGCCGAGGAGGUCACUAAGUUAUGGCAGAGCUCUCUUUAUAACAACCACAUCCAGGCUGAGAGAUACAUGGUGGAUGAGAGGAGAGCAAUAUUUAUGUUUAAGGAUGGAGCACAUGCUUGGGAUGCCAAAGACUUCCUGGUGACACAGAAGGACCUGAAGGAGUGCUCAGUAGAGAACAAGGUUUACCAUGGCCACUAUACACCUGAGGGCAAGAAGGAGAGAGAAGAGGCUUAUGCAAAGAAACUUGCCAAGAAGAAAGCAGAUAAGAAGAAAAAGAAGACUGAACUUUAAUUGUUGCUUGGUGUAGAAAUCAUUUCUUCAAAUUUGGUAUUUUUUACCAAUUCCAAAUACUGUUGUGCCCUCUAUUGAACUUGGUAUUUGAUUUUUUCACAUACAGGUAAUUUAUCUAUUUUAUGACCAGACAAGUAUUUCUGUAUGUGUGCAUUUGUGGCAGAUUUGACAGUUUAUAUACCUUUCCUAAUAAAUCUUUUGUACAAC